UUUGCCUGGAGCCCGGGCAGCGGAGCCGGCAGCUGCCCGCGCUCUCUGAAGGCCCCGCUUCCCCCAUGGCCAGUAACCCGCAGCCCCAGCCCCCUCCUCCGCCGCCUCCUCCUCCGCCCCCACAGCAGCAGCCGCCGCUGCCCGGGGCCUCCGGAGGGGGCGGCGCGGUGGAGCCCGAGCUGGUGUCCGUGAUCGUUAAUCACCUGAAGAGCCAGGGGCUGUUCGACCAGUUCCGCCGAGACUGCCUGGCCGACGUGGACACCAAGCCUGCCUAUCAAAACCUGAGACAACGUGUCGACAACUUUGUUUCCAACCACCUGGCAACUCACACUUGGAGUCCUCAUCUCAACAAGAAUCAGCUGAGAAAUAAUAUUAGGCAGCAGGUUCUCAAGUCUGGAAUGUUGGAGUCUGGAAUUGACAGAAUUAUUUCUCAGGUUGUGGAUCCAAAGAUCAACCACACAUUCAGACCUCAGGUGGAAAAAGCUGUUCAUGAGUUUUUAGCCACAUUAAAUCACAAAGAGGAAGCAAGCCCCAGUACAGCCCCUAGUGAGGAAAAAGCAGAUGCUUCCAUCACAGUACAAGGCGUUUCUACUACUGCUCCUAGUGCUAAUGUAGCUAGUGAUGCCAUGUCCAUUUUGGAAACAAUAACUUCUCUUAACCAGGAAGCAAGUGCUGCCAGGGCUUCAACAGAGAAUACAAAUUCCAAGAACAGUGACAGAACUUCAAAAAGGCUCUCAUCUCAACAGAGUGUUGAUGGUAGCACAGAGAGAGAACGAAACUCAGAAGACUUGCCAGACCAAGAGAAACCCGUUUGUGAUUCUUCAGAAGGAAGUGAAGCAGUUGCAAAGUGUGAAGAUUUAAAUGAACUCCCCUGUCCAAGUGAAGAAAUCAAAAAUUCAACAAAAGAUGUUAACAAUUUAAUUCAACCAAGCAAAGAAAUUCUACAGGAAAGUGAUGACCAGAAAAGUAAAUUAACAGAUAAAGGUGACAGGAAACCAGAGAGCACCGAGAAAGGGGAAAGAAAAAAAGAGAAAAAAGAAAAGAAUGACAAGAAGUUUGACCAUUCAAAGAAGAAUGAUGAUGCCCUAAAAGCAAAAGAAGAGAAGCAAGUGAAAGAGAGAGAGGCAGAAUCAGUAAAACAGUUGGCUCCUGAAAAAAGCAGCAGUAAACACAAGAUAACAGAAGUUGUAAAAGAAGAACAUAUUUUGGAGGAUUCAGACGUGGAUGUACUCAGUGAUAUCACUGUUAGCUCUGUCCAUACCAGUGACCUCUCUUCCUUUGAAGAAGAAAGUGAAGAGGAAGCUGUGGUUUCCGAUAGCACUGAAGAAGGAGAGAUCACAUCAGAUGAUGAAGAAGAGAAGAACAAUCAGAGUAAAACAAAGCCUCAGACUAAUGAGGUUUGCGAUGGAAAAGCCAAACCUGUCCGUCACGCAUAUGUUCACAAGCCUUUUCUGUACUCCAAGUACUACAGUGAUUCCGAUGAUGAACGGACUGUAGAGCAACACCGUCAGUCUAUUGCCAGAGAAAAAGAAGAGAGACUCUUAAGGAGGCAGAUUAAUAGAGAGAGACUUGAAGAGAAGCGUAAACAGAAAGCUGCAGAGAAAACAAAGUCUCUGAAAAGUGGGAGUCAGGGUGCUGAAGGUAAAAGUGGCCUGAACUUGGAAGAGUCUUCAACAAAAGAUUUUGAAAUGAAAGUUACUGGUACCAGCAUUAAGGAUGUUCUUAAAGAACAGAAGUUUUUAGAAAAAAAAGUAGCCCUGAGCAGGAAAAGAAAAAGAGAUUCAAGGCAUGUUGAAGAUAGUUGGCAAAAGAAAUAUGAGCAUCCUGAAGAAGAUUCCAAAGAAACACAAAAGACAAAUGAGACCUGUGAAAAAAUCUCUUCAAAGGAGCUGAAGCAUAAUCAUGGAAAAAGCGAAGUGACUAAGCCUGUUAGAAGAGUUUCAGAGUCAGUACAUUCAACUGAGGAAAGCAAAAAUGAUCCUAAAGUGGAAAGAGAACAUAAAAGAAAAACCUCUACCUCUCUUCAGAUAGAAGGAACGCAGCAGGACACAGAAACAAGGGAUCCCAAAAAGCAGCUGGAGAGAGCUGAGAUUAGUACUGAUGAACUGCAGAAGCAGAAAUAUGCCUUUAAAAAUGAAAAACAUCUGAAAAAAGAUGAUACAGAAAUUCAAAAUUUGAGAAAUGUUCCCAAGAAAGAACUCAAAUCAUUUAGAGAUAAAAAUGAAAAAGAGAGAACUCUUUCAGAAGAUAAAUUGUUAGUAAAACAUAAAUAUAAAGGAGACAGUGUACAUAAAAUAAGUGAAGAUAUUGACCUCCAUUCUUUUGAGAGAAGCUUGAAAGGCGAGGAUAGUGUUCAAAAACAUAAUCAACAAACAAAGGUUCCAUCAGAUGAUAAAUCUGAAAAAAAAAGUAAACACAGAAGCGAAAGGAAAAUAUCAACAACUAGCAAAGAUGGAAAAAAUGUUUCUGAAUAUACUUUAAAAAAUGAAGAAAUGUUGCGUAAAGAAAAUAACAAAAAAGACAGACACAUUUCAACAGAAAAGUCAAGAGCGGAAUACAAGUCCAAAAGGUCAUCAAGUGAUUCUAGGCCACAGAAGGAUUCUCAAGGUAAUUCUAAGCAACUUGUUUCUUCAUCACAGAGAAAGAGUGAAAGCUAUUCAGAAGAUAAACAUGAAAUAGAAUCAACUAAUUCAGAUAGUAAUUUAAGGCAAGAAGAUAGUAUUCACAGAGAUAGACGAAGAUCGAAGAGCUUCUUAGAAGACAAGUUUUUGUUAAAGUCUAAAUCUAAGUGUCACAGUAAACAAUCCAAACCAAUUGAAACAGAAUUACAAGAAAGUUUUACAAAACACGAGACUAUUCAGAAACCAGACAAAGAUAAGAAUAUGGAAGAGAAUGACACUGAUAAACAACGCAAAUCCAAGAAUGAAGAUAAAGUGUUUGAUGAAAGCAAUGUUGAUUUUGAGGUAGAAAGUGGGAUGCACUCAAUUUAUAGUUCACAAAAAGACUUUAGCCACAGAGUUAAGUUACAAGCAGGCGAAAAGGUAACUGUAAAAGAGAAAAAUAAGAGUGAUAAAGAUUUAAGUUAUUCCAAACUAGAAAGAAAGCUGUCAGUAGAAGGUCACAAAAGCAGAAACUUAAAGCAUAGCAAUAAGGAAAUGAAGAAGAAGGAAGAGAGUAACAAAUUGGAGGACAAAGAUAUUAAAGAAAUAGACAGUAGCCAUGAAAAGGUGCAAGGGAUUAUGAUUAUGGAUAAAAAGUCAAGUAAGAAAUUAUCUUGUGAAAAUAAAAAAGGAAACUUGUCAGCCCAUGAAAUGACAAUGGAAGAGGAAAAAUUAGCAACUGAUAUAUUUGUAACCAGUCAUAUUCCAGCCACUCAAAGACCAAUCAGGACUAGUGAUGGCUUGUUACAUUCUGAACAAGGAGAAGAGCCAAUGGAAGUUGAUUCAGAACAAACAUAUGCAAAGGUACAUGAAGCAUCUAAAAUUGAAGAAAAAAGCAGUAGUAAUUCACUACUAGACAUGGACUCUGAAAAUACUGCAAAAGAAAAUAUGAACCUACAUAAUUCAAAAAAUGAAUUAAGAAACAGAUUGGCGGAUUUUGAAGCAUGUGUAUCAGAGUUUCCAGCUGACAGAAAUUCUGAACAAACCAUUGAACAUGAAAAAAAUCCUAUUGAAGGAGUUGAUGCACUAGAUACUAUGUCCAAACAAGCUUCUGAGGAGCAAGGACCCAUUAAACAAGGGGCGUAUCAAAUGAACAUUGUGUAUGAAACAAGUGGCAGAAUUUUACUUAAUGCUCCUAUUAAGGAGCAGACUUCAGAAGAUGCCAGAAAACCAAAAAAUUUAAACAAAGUCAAUCCUAUUGAAGAAAGUCUUUCUUUAGCAAUUAAUUCAUCCAGACAAGAUGCUUCCCAUAAAAAGUCCAUGGAUAUAUGUAUCUCAGACUUCACAGACUCUUUGCCUAAUGUAGCUAAAGAGGAAUCUCAUACUUUAGAUAAGAUUUGUUUAAAGAAAGACUCCUUUAUUUUAGACAAUAGUGCAACACAAACUGCAUACAUGGAACAACAGGGUAGCCCUGUGCUAGGUUGUGUUAUGAAAGAAGCUGAGGUCACCAUGAUAAACACUGAAAAAAAAGAUGGUGAGACUUGUCUAAUUGGUGAACAAGCAGUAGGAGAGAGCAUGGGUGAUGUAAGUAUACAAGAAGGUUAUGAUCAAGUGACUAUGUUAGAUAGUGUGCAAAGAAGAAAUGUGUAUAAUGUAACUGGUGGAAUAGAAGGCAAAAGCUCGAUGACUGACCAAGCUGCGGAUCAUGAAGGUAUAAGCAUGAAAAAAUCUGUCUUGAUGAAUCUGGGGAAAAAAGAAAGUGAUGAUAACUUAAAUAUAGGUGCUGCUGCAAAGGAAGAAAAGGGUACCAUGGUGGAUAUUAUCAAAAAGAGUGAAGGACAUGAUAUGGGUGACGUGGUAGAAUCUUCUUUGUUGCUAGUGCCAAUGAAUGUUAUAAGAGUUCCAGAAGAAAUAAUUAAAGACUCUUUUAUAGUUAGUGGAGCAGAAGAAGGUGAUGGCAUAAUAACUGACACUGAAGCUCAAAAUGAAAGCAAUGUAGUGGGCACCAGUGCAGGAAGUGUUGAUCACAUAUACAACAGGCUAGAAACAACUGAGGCCACUGCAAUAGGAACUAGCACAGAGAAAAUGAUUGAGAGCACUGUAAUGGCCACUAGUACAGGAGAAGGAAAAGGUGAGGGUGCUGCAAUACACUCUGAAAAGGAAAGUGAUGCCACAACUACUUGCUCAGAAGAAGAAAGUGAGGUUACUUUAAUCUGCACAAGCAUAGAAGCCGAUGAAGGUUUCACGACAAGUAUAUGGGCGAAAAGUAAUGAAGGUGUCAGUUUCAGCACAGAAGCAGAUGGUGAAUGUACUGUUGCAGCAGCUGAAGAAGGUAGCGGUGUUGUCACUGGAGGAUUUGCAGAAACAGAAAGUUUCCUAACUAGUACAAAGGAAGGAGAAAGUGCUGAGUGCACCAUGAUUUAUACAGAAGAAAAUGGUAAAGAUUCAGUCAAUGCAGGCAGAAUAGAAAUUGAGGAUAAUGUGAACAGUGCUGGGACAGAAGAAAAAGAUGAUGCUGUAACUAGUGCAGGCUCGGAAGAGAAGUGCAAGACUUCAACUUGUAGACGUACAGGCAAAUUUGAAGGUUCUGUUACCUGUAUAGGUGAAAUUGAAAGUGAUGGUGCUGUAACCAGUGCAGGCACAGAAGCAGGUGAAGGAUCCAUGAGCAGCAACAAUUCAAAUGAAUGCCAGAGCAAUGUAACUGGUGCUGACCAGUUAAAAGAAAGUGAGGGUGCUGUGACUUGUACAGGUGCAGAAGAAAGAGGUCAUGGCUUCAUAAUUGGCUCAGUGACUGGUGUAGAUGCACAAGAAGACAGUGCUGUAACUGGUGCAUGUGUUGAAAUGGUCAUGAACAACAAUACCAUGAGUGGAACAAGUGCUGACAAAGGUGAAGAUAUUGUAAAUGGUGAAAGUGCAGUGACCAGCACAGGCAUAAUAGCAGAAGAUGAUGCUGAGACUGCAGCAGUCUGCACAGGACUAGAAGAUAGCAAUGAAGGUUUUGCAGUUGGCUUAGAUGUAGAAAAAUGUGAAAGUGCAAUGGACAGUACAGGAGCAAAAGAAGAAGCUACUAUCACUAUGAUCAGCAUAGGGCCUUGUGACGAUGAAGGCUUUGUGACUAGCACAGGUGCAAAAGAAGAAGAUGAAGAAGGUGAGGGUAUUGUGACCAGUACAGGAAGAGGAAAUGAAGAAAUAGAGCAUGCUUCAACCUGUGCAGGACUAGAAGGUGAAAGUGCACUCAUUUGUAUAGCGUCAGAAGGUGAAAGUUCGAUUAUUUGCAUAGUUGCAGAACAAGUAGAAGCUGAGUCUGGUAUGGCUGCUACAAAUAUAAAUAAAGAUGGGGUUGACAGCAAUACUGGUGCAAAGAAAGAAGCUAAUGGUGGCAUAAUCUGCAAAAGUGCAAAGGGGAUAGUUGAGAGCAGCGUGACAAGUGCAAGCAUAGCAAAUGACACUCUGACCCCAAAUACAGAAGAAGAUGAGGAUGCCAUGAUGUCUAUAGAUGUUGAAGCAUAUGAGGGUCCAAUGACUAGUGUAGAGAAAGAUAAGGGUCAGUCUGCUGCUGCAGCUGAAGAAAAGAAUGGCAAUAGUGCCAAUGGAAGUCAUGGCAGAAAAUGUGAGAGUCCCAUAACCAGUGCAGUCACAAAGAAAGAUGAGAGUCCUCCUGCUUCUACUGAUGAAGAAAAAGCUAAAGGUGACGUGAUCUCUACCAGUACCGUAGAAGAAGGUGAUGCUCCCAUGCCAUGUUCAGCCACAGAAAUUGAAGAAGGUUCCCUCACUCUUGCAAGAACAGAUGAAAAUGAAAGCACUGUGGUCUUAAUAGACAAGGAAGAAUUUGAGGCUCCCAGGCCUAGUACAGUCACAGAAUUCAAAGAGACUACAUACACUGCCAGCAGUAAACAAGCAAAAGAUGAGUGCACAAUGAUUUCCACCAGUAUUGUGGAAGAAUUUGAGACUCCCAUGCCCAGUGUAGCUAUGGAAUAUAAUAGUCAGGUCACUGCUGCAAGAAAAGAAGAAGUGAAUGAGAGUACUAUGUUUUGUAUAGACAUGGAGAUAUAUGAGGUUGCCAUGCCCAGUGCAUCCAGUGCUAGAGAUGAUGGAAAUCCUCCCACUGCAAGUGGCAAAGAAGAAAAAGAUGAGUGUGCUAUGAUUUCCACAAGUAUAAUGGAAGAACAAGUGAUCCUCGUGUCCAGUGAAGCCACAGAGGAUAGGAUUCAGCAUGUUGCUGCAGGCACAGAAGCAAAAAGUGACACUGCCAUGAUCUCCACAAGUAUGGACUAUUUUGAGGCUCCUAUGCCCAGUGCAGCCACACAAGAUGAAGAUCAACUCACUGCUUCAGGAACAGAAGGAAGACUGGAGGCUGCCAUGAUCACCAGAAGUGGGACAGAAGAAUGUGAGAUAGUCCUGAUCAGUGCAGCCACACAAGCUGAAAGUCAACUCAUUACAGCAGAAAGAAAAGAAAAAGAUGAGGGUUCCAUGAUCGCCCCAGAUGCAGCAGAAGAAUGUAAGGUUGUUGAGACCAGUGCAGCGAGAGAUGAGCAGCGUGAACUAACUGCUCUAAACACAGAAGGAAAAAGUGGUGGUUCUAUGAUUAUUGUUAGAAAGGUGGUAGAAUGUGGGGCUCCAAUGCUGAGAGUUGCCAGCAGCAAUGAAGAUCAACACAUUGCUUCAAGUAUAGACGAUAAAGAGGAAGGUGCUGUGAUCACUCUCAGUACAAUGGAAGAAUGUGACAGUCUUUUCACCUUCUCAGUCAUAGAGGAAAGUCAGCUCGUUGCUGCAAAUACAGAAGUAAAAGAUGAAAAUGUCAUCUUUAAUAGUACCAAAGAAAUUGAAUGCAUCCUGUCAUCUACAGGCCCAGAAAAAAGUGAUAGUUCUUUGCCUGUGGGUGGUAGAGAAGUAGAUGAAUGCAUAUAUAGGGGAGAAAAGGAGAUUCAUGAGGAUGCUGUGAUGGGAGAAUCAGUAGUAGCUAAGAUCACAUCCGACACUGAAGUUGCAGAAACAGCUGAGACUACAGUGAACCUCAUAAGUAUAGAUGAAGCCCUCUGUAUGGAGAUCAGUACAGAGUCUACAGUCAUUGUUAGCCCUUCUACAGAGUUGGGUGCAAGUGGUGAAAGAGCAGAAGAGUAUAUUCCAUAUGUGGAAGUUACAUCAGAACCUUGUAUUCCUUCAGAAGAAGCAAAGAGGAAUGAUAACUUUAAAAACAUAGACUAUAAUGUUAACAGUAGCUUAUUAUUAGAAAGUGACUUUUCUGAAGCAAGGACUUCACCUCCUAGGGCACAAACUCUUCCGCUAGUUUCUGAACAUGAAAGCAAAUGGACUGUAAAUACCAAUCAGGGUGAAAUAACUGUAGAAGCAAAACUGGGAGAAAAGAGUGACUUCCCUGUGUCGCAUAUGGAUAAACAAUUUGAGAAUGAUGGCAAAAAGAACACCGUGGAAGUAAAUGAUAACCUUGGAAUCGAAGUUUCUUUUCAACAAAAUACAAGCUUCAAUUCAGGCAAGAAAGAAACUUUACCAAUCUUGGCUGAAGAACUGGAACUGAAAACGAACUUGAAAACUGAAGAGCCACAAAAGUCUAGAAGUCCAACAAGGGAAGAACUGCAUGAGGAGUCUCAUACUGAAGAGUGUCUAAAAGAUUUGCCACUGAAGAAUGCUUCUUUGAAGAAAGACCCUAUAGAUGUGGAGAAAACUGACACACAAAGAGUUGAAGAGUGUAGCUGCAAAGAAAGGAAAUCUAAAUCUCCAGUAACUACAGGUAAAGAAACAGCACAGGAAACUUCAAAUACCAUAGACAUGACAGAAGCAGCAAAUAUCCAGAUUGAAGUAAAAGAUCAAGAGAUAGAAAUACCGGAUCAGGAAAAAGUAAGCAGCAUGCCAGGAAUGGAAGAAAACCAAUCUCCUACUCGAGAAGGUGAAUCAGAUGAUUAUCCGAUUACUCAGGAUUUGAGAAAAGGAAACAAACAGAGUCAGUGCUCCAAAAUAAAAGAUAUUAAGGAUGUGACCUCUGGAGAUAUAGCUGAGGUAUCCAAAGAAAUCAUUAGGAAACACGCACCUUUUUCAAGUGCUGUGGAAGAAAAAGAUGAGUUAACCAGCAAACAGGAUACUUGUGAAAAAGCAAAGCAGAGUCUGGAGUGUAAUUUAAGUUCUGUAGAGGAAAAUCAACCUGUAAUAGUUAAGCGGAAAAGAGGAAGGCCUCGUAAAUACCCUCUUGAAGCAGUACAGAGUAGGAUGGAUUCAGAAGCUGACAUAAACACUGGAAAUGUUCAACAGUCUCCAAUUCUUGCUACUAGAGGAAAGUUUUCUCAAACAGCUAAAGACACAUCUAAUAAGAAAGAAACAGCAAAUGAGGGUGAGGCGGGAAAAGCCGAGAUGAUUGUGCGUCGAAGAGGAAGAAAGCCCAGAUGUUCUGUGAUUCCAUCAGAGGAAACUGAAAUACUGGAACCGGAAAGAAAACGUCGGAAGUUGGCAUCUGCUGCUGAAGAGGAAACGAAAGAACAGGAGGAGGAAGAUGAUGAAGAUGAUGAUGAUGAAGAUGAUGAAACACAUUCUGGAGCCACAACUAGAUCAGCCACGAGAUUAGAGGCUCAAAAAAAGCAGCCAAGCAAACCAACCACCCGUGCUGCUUCUAAAGGCAACAGCCCAAGUCCAGUUUCUCCUAAAAAACAGCAAAAUUCAGCAGCAAAAAAGAGGUCGCCUAGUGAGGCAAAAGUUAGCAAGUCUCCUCCAUUGGCACAGUUAAAGAUACAGACUAGCAAGCGUAAAAGGGAAGCCAGCCCACCAGCGGUACGCAGAAAAGGCCAGCUGAAAGAGGACGAAACGCCAUUAAAGAAAACAAAGCGAUAAUUGUUACCAUCUGAUAAUAUUCAUGGAAAAGUUGAAAGAAAAGAGAGUGGUCUCUGCUUCUGUUUUGUUGUGUUAAAGCAAAGGGAUUUGCAUGUGCUUGUUUCUGAGCUCUAAGUUAAUAGAUGCAGAACUUAAGUUACAUUUUAAACAGUUUUAUAAACUAUUGUUUAUACAGAAUAUUAUACAGAUUAAAAAAUAAGUUUACUUUGUAGCUGAAAGAAAAACAAAAUAAUUACAGAUUUUAACACUGACUCAGAAAGUUGGGAUUUCCCAAUGUGACAUGCUAAUACAGAUGCUUCCACUCCACCAGGCACCAAGGGCCUACUAAUGUUCUUUGUAUAUAAACUUGUAAAAAUAGGUUGUAUUUUACUGUGUAUGAAUCUAAUCAAUGAUGAACACUUUAUUUAUUGUAUGGAGAGGACUGGUCUGUAAACUUUAGUAUAUACCUUAGGUUUUAUUAAUGAUAUUUUAAAUUCUAUGCAGCCAUCAGUAGGAAUCUUCUUUUUAGGGCUGUCUAAAACCCAAAGUUCUCUGAAAUAUGCUCAGACAGUUGGUAAAGUAUUCUCUCGCAUGUAUUAAAGUAGAUAAGCAUAGUAAAGGGGACUCUCUCUUCUUUUUCUGUUCACAUUCAUAACUAUGUAUAAAAUAGGCAGUGUCAUCUUUCCAGAUUAACUUUUCAUCUCUGAAUUUUGUACCAACCUCAAAGUAGUAAAUAGUAGUAGUUUAGCUUUACUCAGACCAUUUCAGCCAAAACUACUCUGAAGUACAACGUUUUAUUUCACAACUUAACUGUUCUUUCAGUGUUUGUCUUUCAAUGAAGAGGGACCCAUAGAAGUGAUAUUUAACUUCAAAUAACUAUGGAGCUUCAGCAUUUUAUGUUACAUUUUAUACACAGGUAUUAAAAAAGUAGAACUUGGUGGUAUUGCCAGAAUCUUUUUUUAAUGUAUAUUAACUCCCGUAAGAGCAAAUGUUCAAGUUAAGAAAAGCUUAACUAUGUAAAACUUAAGAUCAAAUUUGUCUCUUGCAAUGAUAUGAUGAGUUGCCAAAUAAUCCGAGAUUAUUUUAAAAUGUUUUGUUCAUAUUCUUGUUUUAUAAUUAAAAUUAGCAUUCUGUUUUGUUUUUUGUUUUUUUACUCGUUAUUGUAAGGCGCAUAUUUCUGUCAGAUAUUCUACUUGAUUUCUUACUGAGAUUUUAUAUAUAAAUUAUAAAAUGUUUC